GGAGAGUCGAAUAACCCAGUGGCUCAGAGGACGGUUACCUACUGUAGAUGCCACAGAGAUCCUGAGGAACCAGUGACCAUUCGCUAUUCAAUGUAAAUGAACCCAUGAUGCUGUGGGAAGGAAAGAUUCAAUUUGAGCAAGGGGGACGCACUGAGCCCUGCAGAAUUCAUGCUGGACCUGGAGAGAUAGCAACGUUUAAAUGAUGUGCGAGGUGAUGCCAACCAUCAGCGAGGCAGAAAUUCCUUCAGGAGGAAGUGCAGGAGGCCAUGGUUCGGGUUCCCCUUUGCAACCAGAUGCAGACUCACAUUUCGAACAGUUAAUGGUCUCCAUGUUGGAAGAAAGAGAUCGUCUUCUAGAUACUCUAAGAGAGACUCAAGAAACAUUGGCACUGACCCAGGGAAAACUACACGAAGUUGGCCAUGAAAGAGAUUCCUUGCAGAGACAGCUCAAUACCGCCCUUCCACAGGAAUUCGCAGCACUCACGAAAGAACUUAAUGUGUGCCGGGAACAGCUUCUCGAAAGGGAAGAAGAAAUUGCUGAACUGAAAGCAGAGCGGAACAAUACUCGGCUCUUAUUGGAACAUUUGGAAUGUCUUGUCUCCCGGCAUGAACGUUCUCUUCGGAUGACAGUUGUAAAAAGGCAAGCACAGUCUCCAGCAGGCGUUUCUAGCGAGGUUGAAGUUCUUAAAGCACUGAAGUCUCUAUUUGAACAUCACAAAGCCCUUGAUGAAAAGGUGAGGGAGCGGUUACGAGUAGCGCUUGAAAGGUGUAGUUUAUUGGAAGAAGAACUGGGUGCUACGCAUAAAGAGUUAAUGAUUCUAAAAGAGCAGAAUAAUCAGAAAAAAACACUAUCAGAUGGGAUUCUGGAUAUAAACAGUGAACAAGAAAAUACACCAAGCACUAAUGGGAAGAGAUCGUCUGAUGGUUCUUUAAGUCACGAAGAAGACCUUGCUAAAGUAAUAGAGCUCCAGGAAAUCAUAGAUAAACAAACAAAAGAGCAAAGCCAAAUGAAAGAACGUCUGGCUGUGCUUUCUACCCAUGUAGCAGAGCUGGAAGAAGAUCUCGAUACAGCUAGGAAAGACCUAAUCAAAUCUGAAGAAGUAAACACAAAAUUGCAAAGAGAUGUACGAGAGGCUAUGGCUCAAAAGGAAGAUAUGGAAGAGAGAAUCACAACUCUCGAAAAACGCUACCUCGCUGCACAGCGUGAAGCCACAUCUGUGCAUGAUCUAAAUGAUAAACUUGAAAAUGAAAUUGCUAAUAAAGACUCAAUGCAUCGGCAGAGUGAAGACAAAAACCGCCAGUUACAAGAACGUUUGGAGCUGGCAGAGCAGAAACUUCAGCAGACCUUGAGGAAAGCAGAGACUUUACCUGAGGUGGAAGCUGAAUUGGCCCAAAGGGUAGCAGCACUUUCUAAGGCUGAAGAGAGACACGGCAACAUUGAAGAAAGAUUGCGACAAAUGGAAGCACAACUGGAGGAAAAGAAUCAGGAAUUGCAGCGGGCGAGGCAGAGGGAGAAGAUGAAUGAAGAACAUAAUAAACGUUUAUCAGACACCGUUGAUAAGCUACUUUCUGAAUCCAAUGAAAGACUUCAGCUUCAUCUUAAGGAGAGGAUGGCUGCCCUAGAAGAUAAGAAUUCUCUACUUCGGGAAGUUGAAAAUUCAAAGAAGCAGGUAGAAGAAAUUCAGAAUGAAAAGGAUCAACUGGUGCUAAACAUUGACUCACUGAAGACUGAAAUCGACCAGAUGAGGAUCAGGGCUGCUUCCCUCCAUCACAGUCGUCCGCAUUUGGGGAGUGUGCCCGAUUUCCGUUAUCCGGUGGCAGAUACUCAUGCGGAUCCAUACAACACGGCCUCAGUGUUGCGGCGCCCCCAGAAAGGGCGCCUAGCGGCUCUUCGGGACGAACCCUCAAAGGUGCAAACCCUUAAUGAGCAGGAUUGGGAAAGGGCCCAACAAGCUAGUGUCCUGGCAAAUGUUGCACAAGCAUUUGAGAGUGAUGUUGACGUAUCUGAUGGUGAGGAUGACAGAGAUACUAUAUUCAGCUCAGUUGAUAUUUUAUCGCCCAGUGGGCAAGCCGAUGCCCAAACUUUAGCUAUGAUGCUUCAAGAACAAUUGGAUGCAAUCAACAAAGAGAUAAGAUUGAUACAAGAAGAAAAGGAAAAUACGGAACAGCGGGCAGAAGAAAUCGAAAGUCGAGUCGGGAGUGGCAGUUUAGACAAUCUUGGUCGAUUUAGGUCAAUGAGCUCCAUCCCCCCAUACCCAGGUUCAUCCCUAGCUGGUUCCUCCCCUCCUGGCAGUGGACGUUCCACACCAAGACGAAUUCCUCAUAGUCCAGCGCGGGAAGUGGACAGAUUAGGUAUCAUGACGCUUCCUAGUGAUUUAAGGAAACACCGUAGAAAGUUGCCAGUUUCCGGAGACGAGGUACGAGAUGACAAGACAACCAUAAAAUGUGAAACAUCCCCACCGUCGUCCCCUCGAUCCCUUCGUUUGGAUAGACUACAUAAAGGGGCUUUGCAUACAGUAAGCCAUGAAGACAUCAGGGACAUAAGAAAUUCUACAGGUUCACAAGAUGGACAAGUAAGCAAUCCCAGUAGUAGCAACAGUAGCCAGGACUCCCUUCACAAAGCCCCUAAAAAGAAGGGAAUUAAAUCCUCUAUAGGCCGCUUGUUUGGUAAGAAAGAAAAAGGUCGGUCUGGACAAAUCAGCAAAGAGUCACUUGGGCAAGCUGGAGUUUCAGACCUAGAUAACUCAUCUCAGGAUGCCUUGGGCCUUAGUAAAUUGGGAGGACAGGCUGAGAAGAAUAGAAAACUACAAAAAAAGCAUGAGUUGCUUGAAGAAGCUCGAAGACAAGGUCUGCCUUUUGCACAGUGGGAUGGACCAACGGUGGUUGUGUGGCUGGAGCUAUGGGUCGGGAUGCCGGCGUGGUACGUGGCUGCUUGCCGAGCCAAUGUGAAGAGUGGUGCUAUCAUGUCUGCCUUAUCGGAUACAGAAAUACAGCGUGAAAUAGGAAUCAGUAAUCCUUUACACAGGUUAAAACUGAGGCUCGCUAUCCAAGAAAUCAUGUCUUUAACGAGUCCAUCUGCCCCUCCUACAUCAAGAACGACCACAGGAAAUGUCUGGGUAACACAUGAAGAAAUGGAAAAUCUUACAGCUACACCACAAACGGAAGAUGAGGAGGGAAGCUGGGCUCAGACUUUAGCAUAUGGUGAUAUGAACCAUGAGUGGAUUGGCAAUGAGUGGCUCCCAAGUUUGGGGCUUCCUCAAUACCGUAGCUACUUCAUGGAAUGUCUUGUUGAUGCUAGGAUGCUGGAUCAUUUGACUAAAAAAGAUCUUCGUGGACAGCUUAAGAUGGUUGACAGUUUUCACAGAAACAGUUUCCAGUGUGGAAUUAUGUGUCUACGGAGAUUAAAUUAUGAUCGGAAGGAACUUGAAAGAAAAAGAGAAGAAAGCCAGAAUGAAAUAAAAGACGUUCUUGUUUGGAGUAAUGACCGAGUGAUUCGCUGGAUAUUGUCAAUUGGUCUGAAAGAAUACGCAAAUAACCUGGUAGAAAGUGGAGUUCAUGGUGCACUUGUGGCCUUAGAUGAAACUUUUGAUUUCAACGCAUUGGCUCUCCUGUUACAAAUACCCACUCAAAACACACAGGCCCGUACCAUUUUGGAAAGAGAGUUUAACAACCUUCUAAUUAUGGGCACUGACAGAAGAUUUGAUGAAGAGGAUGAUAAAAGCUUUAGAAGGGCACCUUCCUGGAGAAAGAAAUUUAGACCAAAGGAUAUUCGAGGUUUAGCUGCUGGAUCAGCAGAGACUCUCCCCGCAAAUUUCAGAGUUACUUCAACAAUGUCUUCACCCUCUAUGCAGCCAAAGAAGAUGCAAAUGGAUGGCAGUGUAUCAGGAACACAAAGGUUGGAUUCUGCAACAGUAAGAACUUACUCCUGUUAAAGCCUUCUGUUGUUUACCCACACUACUUCUACAGAUGAUUAUGCAGCAUUUUGAAUUCAACAAAGACCAUGUUUUAAAAUUCAGUGGAUCUUUUAAUCUGUUAAUACUUGUUAUAUGAACAUGCUGAGAUAUUUUAUUACAGAGUUUUUAAUUAGUGAAAAAUUAAUGAGUACUAUAGAGAAAAUAUUUUAGAAAUAAAUGUUUCUUAUAUUUAUGUAAACCUACGUGACUUUUCAUUUAUACAGUUACUUACCUUUUCCAUGAGUAGCCGGAUUAUAAAUAUCCUUUCGAACCAAUGCAUCGAUGUUCUUAUACUUAAUUUGUUAGUCUUUCCAACUGAAUGUACUGUAAUGCUUCUGUGUAUAAAUCCUAUGAACAAACUAGGGUUUUUGUAAAUUAUGCAGUUCUUGUAAGUAUCAUUAAUGUUUAAUUUUUUAAUAAUAAAUCUGAUGGAGCAACUGAAUUUACUGUGUUUAUAGAAGUAUCACGACACCAAGAGGAAUACAUUGCCAAUCAGAUGCAGCUAGUUCUAAAAUAAGCAAAUUUUUCAUUGUGAACGGUUAUGGUGCGUGAUUUUCAUUACUGAUGAUAGCUACUUUUUCCAGCAAGAAAAUGUUUUGUGGAACGUGAACCGAUUUAAAAUUUCUUACCUUAAGACUUUCUUUUAUCGACCACGAACGGGGAAAUAUCAGAACACUAUGAAAAAUAUUGUAGAACUGGUUAACGCCACAACUUUUAGUCUCUGUUGUACAGGGCUUGUAUAGCUGAUCUUCAGUGUCUGAGCAAAAGCCAUGAACUGAGAAACAUUCUCUGAACCUGGGGAGAAAGAAAGACAUUGGGGGGAAAAAAAAUCCUGAUAAUAGCCUGCAGACAAGUGCUUUCCUCCCACGUCCUUUUCCUUGAAACUCUGUGUUUAAAGGCUCUGAUGCAGCUGUUCUUAGAGGACCAAUCACCCAGCACUGCACUCAUUUCAAAGACAUUGGUAUAUACUAGAAGAUGAAGGCACAGUAUCUGAAGAAUUACGUAGUGCAACUUUUUAAAAAGGCCUUAUUUUUCUUACAUAAAUCGUCUUUUACAUUUGUUUGUAAACGUGUUUAAAGACUGAAUCUGGACACAAAAAUCUUUGAUUUUGAUGCUUAUAGCCAUUUUAAACAGUAUGAGGACAGAGCGUAUCUUUUACUUUUUAGAUGGCACAUUAAAAAGCCAGCGAGAAAUCUGUUCAGAUCCUGGUGUGUUAUUUAUUAUGCAAUGAAAUAUAUAUAUAUAGCAUGUCUUUCUUUUUUGGUUUCUGCUUUUAAUUUACUUGUACAACUCAUUGUUACUGUUCUGUUUUCUGUUAAUCUUUUGUGAACUUUCUGAUUAUGUAACAAAGUCUGUACAGUCUACUUUUGAACUAUUUUUAUCACAGUAUUAUUUAUUGCUUUCUUUCAAUAAAGUACUGAAGCUUUUUCCACUGCCAAUACGA